AUGGCUUACGUGUUGACCGAAACUGCUGCGGGUUACGCUCUUUUAAAAGCAGCUGACAAGAAAAUCCACAAGUCAUCCAGCUUGCUCGAAGACUUGAACUCGGCGGAAAAAGUUGCUGAACAAUUCAAAAUCCACCGUUUUGAAAAAUUCCAGUCUGCCGCCAAUGCCUUGGAAGAAGCCAACGCCGUUAUCGAAGGCAGAGUUUCUGACAACUUGAAGAAGUUGUUGGAAGACGUCAAGCUCGAGAAGAAGGCCACUUUGAUUGUCAGUGAGGCCAAAUUGGGAAAUGCCAUCAACAAGUUGGGCUUGAACUACUCUGUUGUUUCCGACGCUGCCUCGUUGGAUUUGCACAGAUCUAUCCGUGAGUUUUUGCCUGAGCUCUUGCCUGGUUUGGAUGACUCCACCUUGAAGCAAAUGUCUCUUGGUUUGGCCCACUCCAUCGGCAGACACAAGUUGAAGUUCAGCGCAGACAAGGUUGACACCAUGAUCGUGCAAGCCAUUGCUCUUUUGGACGACUUGGACAAGGAAUUGAACACAUACGCCAUGAGAUGUAAAGAAUGGUACGGUUGGCACUUCCCAGAGUUGGCCAAGCUUAUAACCGACUCUGUUGCUUACGCUAGAAUCAUUUUGACUAUGGGUGUCAGAUCCAACGCUUCUGAGACUGACUUGGCCGAGAUCUUGCCUGAAGAAAUGGAAGAGCAAGUCAAGAGUGCCGCUGAAGUUUCCAUGGGUACUGAAAUCACCGACGUCGAUUUGGCCAACAUCAAGGCUCUUGCCGAACAAAUUGUCGACUUUGCUGCUUACAGAGAACAAUUGUCCAACUACUUGUCGUCGCGUAUGAAGGCUAUCGCUCCUAACUUGACCUCUCUCGUUGGUGAGUUGGUUGGUGCUAGAUUGAUUGCCCACGCUGGUUCCUUGACCUCUUUGGCUAAGGCUCCUGCUUCGACUAUCCAGAUUUUGGGUGCUGAAAAAGCCUUGUUUAGAGCUUUGAAGACCAAGCACGACACACCAAAAUACGGUUUGUUGUACCAUGCUUCUUUGGUCGGUCAAGCCUCUGGUAAGAACAAGGGUAAGAUCGCUAGAGUUUUGGCUGCCAAGGCUGCUGUUGCCUUGAGAUACGACUCUUUGUCCGAGGACAGAGAUGACUCUGGUGACUUUGGUAUGGAGGUCAGAGCCAAGGUUGAGUCUAGAUUGAGCGCAUUGGAAGGUAGAGACUUGAGAACUACUUCAAAGGUCAUUAGAGACGCUAAGAAGAUUGAUAUCACCGAGGCUAGAGCAUACAAUGCAGAUGCCGAUGCCACUGCUCCUCUUCCUGAGGCUCCAGUUGAAGAUUCUGAUGAUGAAUCUGAUGAUGAAGAAGUUACGAAGAAGAGAAAGAGAGAUGAUGACGAAGAGGAAUCUUCCAAAAAACUGAAGAAGGACAAGAAAGACAAGAAGGAGAAGAAGGAGAAGAAGGAAAAGAAGGAGAAGAAAGAAAAGAAGGAGAAGAAGGAGAAGAAGGAGAAGAAGAAGGAGAAGAAGGAGAAGAAAGACAAGAAGGAAAAGAAGGAAAAGAAGUAG